GAGCGAAAAACGCUUUUACUACAUUUGACCCUUCUGCUUCGCCAUACGUUAUGAAAAGUAACUGCGCACGCGCAGAAGCAAUUUGCAAUCUGACAUUGAGAACCGAAACUGCGUUUCCUCAUACUUUGAGUCGGAGAUUUAAUAGAUCCGUCAUGCUCAGCGGGAAGCGCAUCGCUGAUGUGGGUUACAAGCUCUUCUCGGGCUCCAUGAUGCUGUUGACAGUGUACGGCGGAUACCUGUGUGUCCUGCGGGCUCAGCGGUUCAUGCAGAGACAGAAACAGCUGGAGCUGGCGGCACAGACUGAGAGCGCGGCCUCGGAGACCAUUAAAGACUGAAGACACCGGCUGUAAAUAACCACUUAACCAGACACUGAUCAUGUGAGGCGUGCAGAAACCCACCGGGGUUCAUGACCCUCAAAGCGUUUAUUGGCCUUUUUAUGGAGUUCAGUGAGAUCUUGUGUGUUGUGAUAUUAAAUGUUCCUUAUAAAAAUCCA